AUGUCCCAUGUCUACUACAAGUUCUUCUCCAAGCUGAACUAUGCUGCAGUCACCUUCAGUGGCCUCCACAUCUCUCUCCAUGACCUCAAGAGCCGGAUCAUGGGCCAAGAGAAGCUGAAGGUGACCAGCUGUGCCCUGCAGGUCACCAAUGCCCAGAGCAGAGAAGAAUACACAGAUGAUAAUACCCUGAUCCCAAAGAACUCAUCAGUAAUUGUUAGAAGAAUCCCUCCUAGAGUUCUAUCUGCCAACAAACCAUAUGCCAUUCAGGAGAAGAAGAGUAUGCUGAAGUGCAUUGCAGUGUAUGUGAGCACUGCCGACCUGGCUGGAGCCAACGCUCCUGAAGAAGAUAAAAUCAAAGCGAUGAUGAUACAGUCGUGCCGCUACUACGAUCCAGCCAAGUGA